GACACGCGCUACGGCACCUCCGGCGUCUCCACGCACGACAAGAGCACCAUGGCAGCCCUGCCCGCUUGCAUCCUCAAGGAUGUGUACCAGGAGGCACUGGGCUCUGCGGUCAUCGGCAUUGACGAGGGCCAGUUCUUCCCAGACAUCGUGGAGUUCUGUGAGACCAUGGCCAAUUCUGGGAAAACCGUCAUCGUUGCUGCUCUUGAUGGGACUUUCCAGAGAAAGGCCUUCGGGAACAUCCUGAACCUGGUGCCGCUGGCAGAGAGCGUGGUGAAGCUGAACGCCGUGUGCAUGGAGUGCUACCGGGAAGCCUCCUACACGAAGAGGCUGGGAGCAGAGAGGGAGGUUGAAGUGAUCGGAGGAGCAGACAAGUACCACUCCGUCUGCCGAGCCUGCUACUUCCGCAAGCGGCCUCAGCAGUCUGGGCUGGAAAACAAGGAGAACGUGCCCAUGGGGGUGAGGCAGCUGGACGUGGCCGCCUCCCGGAAGAUCUUUGCUUCUUGACUGCCGAGCUCCCGCAUGG